GCUUCCCGGCGCGCGCGCGCGCGCGCACACAGCUGACUGACCCUGGCGCCAUUUUGCCUCCGCUCUGCUUCCAUUGUGUGAGACAUAGUAAAUAUCUGACACACAACCACAACACACUUGUAUCGGAGCGAAGCAAAACAGGAAAACUCACCCCAGGUGAUACGCUGACAUCAUGGCUCGUACCAAGCAGACGGCUCGUAAGUCCACUGGAGGAAAAGCUCCACGCAAGCAGCUGGCCACCAAAGCAGCUCGCAAGAGCGCCCCGUCCACCGGAGGGGUAAAGAAGCCCCAUCGUUACAGACCUGGUACUGUUGCUCUGAGAGAGAUCCGCCGGUACCAGAAGUCCACUGAGUUGCUGAUCCGUAAGCUGCCCUUCCAGCGCCUGGUGAGGGAGAUCGCUCAGGACUUCAAGACAGACCUGCGUUUCCAGAGCGCCGCCAUCGGAGCUCUGCAGGAGGCUAGUGAGGCGUACCUGGUGGGUCUGUUUGAGGACACUAACCUGUGUGCUAUCCACGCCAAGCGUGUCACCAUCAUGCCCAAAGACAUCCAGCUGGCACGCCGCAUCCGCGGGGAGCGUGCUUAAGCGCCCGUAUUCUGUCUCACUGCGGUCUUGUUUUUCUUUCCUUGUCCUGCCCUCACACAUCCCCCCCCACGCCCCCAGUCUCUCAGUAGACAUUAGGGCAGGGGUGGGCCACUCUGACCCUGGAGAUCUCCCAUCCCUGUUUUAGUUGUUUCUGUGCUCCUAAACACCUGAAUCAACAGGUGAAUCAGGCGUUUUGGAGCUGAGAAACUGCUAAAUCAUGCUGGCUAGGGGCCCUUGAGGGCCGGGGUGGCCCACCCCUGCAGUAGGGUAACUCUGAUUAUGAACGUAUAGAAAAAUGUUGACGUCUGUCUCUGAUAAAAUUUUUUGUCUUCAUCAGAUGUUUUUAGGGUACCCUUUUCUGCAUGUAAGGAGUUUUACUGAUCAGAUGGACAUGUGCACUCAUACUCUGGGUUUGGGUGUGUCACUAACAGCUGAAGCACAGGGCCAAGGGGCUAGUCUGCUUAAGGGGAGCUGCAACUUCCACAGCAGGGUGCUAUUAAAACUAGUCUCGAGGCCCGUGUCUCUGAGCACCCCCGAUCCUGCCCAGCAUGGCCCCGCCCUCACCUGGAACAAGCCUGGGGAGCAGAUGGACUGAUGUUCUGCUUGUGUGGACCUGUCAUUUGUUUAAAGUUGUAGAUUUGGUGUGUAAGUUUUUACAUCUCACAGAGAAGCGUCCUUUCUGUUUUCACGUACUACAUUAUCCGAAUGAAGAGUAAUAAAACAGCUGAUGGUUCUAAGCAGAGACCAGACUAUGAUUCUAAUGGCCGCCACAUGGGGGCGCCAGCUGAUCGUGCUGCUGGUGGUAUAGUGGAUGCCUCUGCAUGUAAAGGGUCUGUGUGUCUCUGUAGAUCUGAGCAUUUAAAAUGUCCCUUUCUUGGAAUUUGUGAUACAGAAUAUAACCUCAUUCUCUUUUCUUUUAUAUUUUUUCUUAUUGCUCGAGAUUUUCAGACGUAUAAAUAAGCUGAUCUUUGUAUUUUCCAAAUUUCUCAUAAUAUGGUGGUAAUAAAUAGAUGUUAGAACAAGUAAAA